GUUAGUGCUUUGCAGUAUGACGGGCCGUUUGGUGGCCCCACAACCAUGUGAAAGUGUCGAGUGACCAUGAAGCAGGGCCGGCAGAGAGCUCCUCUAUGGGGGGCCCUCCUGCUCGUGCUUAUCCUUUGGGCCCGCUCCUGUGUUCCGCUCUAUGCUCAAGAAUCAGACGAGGAUAAUAAUAAAAAAUUUGGAGACAAAUGUAGGGACACUAAAGAGUGUGCUUUCGAAGGAGCCAUAUGUGAUGACAUUACCUUUAAAUGUCUUUGUAAACCAGAUUUGCCAGUAACCAAUCACAUCGAUAAAUGUGGAACACCUGCACGUGUAAACGAAAGUUGUUUUUUCAACGAACAAUGUGAAACCACCAACUUCCAAACAGAAUGCAAAGAGGGAGUAUGUACCUGUCGAUACGACAAACUGGCUGUAAUGAAGCCAGAUGGAAAAAUCGAAUGCGAAGUGGUGCAAACAAAAUACUCUCCAGAAAAAUAUAUAGACCCUGCGAUGAUCGGAAUUUUAGUUGCUAUGUUUCUUAUGUUCAUCACGAUCUGUGUGGUUCUAAGAUUAUUUAGCAAGGCAAGAUGGCGUGAAAACAGAACAAUAUUCAAUACUCCGAACCCACGCUUGAUGAAUGUAUCUCUUCUUAAAGAAAACAAACACCUCCACGAAAGGAGGGGAUCCCGUAACAGUAGAGGUCCGAGCAGACAACCUAGCAUUGCUUCUUUGAGAGCUCAUUCUCCAAACUCACAAGGGCGUUUAUUUCUAGGAUCACGUCGAGGAUCAAGAGGUAGCAGCAAUGUUUCAGCAGCAUCUACAAAGUCCAACAAGAGUCCCCCUCAAGCUCUCAAUUUAAAUUCGGCAACUACACCCAUGUUAGAGAGUGUCACGGUCGAAAUACAAGAACCCAAAGCUUAACAGCGCGGCUUUCGCGAAAUAUAAUUUAAUAUUAAGAUUAUAAAAGUUAAUUCCAAGAAAAAUGAGUUCUAUUUUUGAAGUAGUUUGAGGUAACUGAAUUAAAGAAUGUAUUAGAGUUGGUUAUUUUCGGUUAUCUCAAACUGUAAAAUAUAACAAUUAAGUUUUCUUGGGGUUCUUACGAAAUAGAAUAUAGAGUACAUUUUCAGAUUCUUUAUGUAUAAAAUUUAUUUAUUACUUCGGUAGUAACGAGUGAUGUUAGGGACCAGAAGGUAACCAAUUUGCCCAGUCAUCACAUUCUUUGAAUCAAAACUAUUUUCUGUAACAUAACUGUAAAAAUUCUCCACUCAUUCUUCAUUCCAAAUUCGCAAUAAUAUAAUCGUACAAAAUUAUACUGUAGUAAUCUUGUUUAUUAGUGUAUCGAGAAGCACAAUUUGAAUUAGCGGCACCAAGCUUAGUUAUAAGAAAUAAAAUGAUAUUUACUCCGCUUCACUUAAUUUUAUUAAAACAAAAAUUAAGUUUGGUGGUAACAAAAAUACUGGGAAUAUUUUGUGAUACUACCAAAUCAAAAGCUGUGAUUGUAUGUCGGUAGCUUGUAGAAACAGUCGAGGCUCUUUUUUCGAAACUGACACCCCAACGGCAUUUUGUAUAAAUUUUCAAACAUUAAAUAUACACCAUUAAUUCAAAAUCACUGCUACAAAAUAUAGAAGAUGAAAUGUUGCUUGAUGUUUGUCUUUACACACGUAUAUUCAGAAAAUAAUAUCACUAAUGAAAAACAAUUUAUUGGUAUAUAAUUUUAACAAAACAAAUCGGUUCACAAAUACUUAGGGCUGCUUGACAUGAUGCAAUACAACGUGCAAUGCAAUGCAAGACGCAAAAUUUAUUAAUAAAAAGCAUGCGCACAAGAAGUUCAGCUGAUUGUUACAUGCAAGAUCUCGCACUUGCUUCAUUAUCGGUUCUAUGCCAUUUUUAUUUAUAUAUAUAAACCAAGGUAGCAGUAGAUAUAAUUAUGGGCAGUGAUCCACUGACCGUUUUUUCACUUCGUUACUUACUUACCUAGUUUUGUUAUCAUCAUUGUUAAACUGUUCACAAAAUAACGAAUCAAAUUUUAGUUAAGGUAUUUGUUUAACUCACUUAUUGAAUUUUUAUUAAUGGCAACCAUGAUGCAAUGACAAGAGACACGCGACGUGUUAUAUUUAUCUAUGCAUAUUUUGACCUUGCAAGAAAUUGCAUGCGAUUUCUUGCAAGAUAAAAAUAUUACAUAGACGAAUAUUGCAUGUCGCUUGACAUUAUGCAAGCCAUUGGAUCAUGGUUGCCACUAAUUAAAAUUCCAUGUGUAAUAGUAGACUAUUUUAUGGGCUGUUUAAAAAUGGGACGAGAAAAUAUAAAAAACAUUGUUGAAAAUGAAACAUAAUAUUACUAAGAAAUCCUUGUCGGUCAGAUCAGAAACUCAUUUGUGUCUAGAAUUGCAGCUUACACGCAAUACAAAUGACACUGAACGGAUAAUAUUGUAAGUGUGACAUCUUGCAUUAAACAAUCAGCUGAGUUUCAUUUGCGCAUGCUUUUGAUUAAGAAAUAUUGCUACUUGCACUGCAUUGCAUGUCGAACGGCCUUUACAAUAAGUGAGAAAGGAAACUUGAAAGUAGAAAUAUUUAAUAUUUUAACACGUCGUAGCUAUAGUUACUUCAAAAAGCGCGGGAAUUCGUAUUUGGCCGCGUAACCUUCGUCGUUCUGCAUCUUAUUACCGACUAACUCCCAUCUCACGCUGAUUGAUGGCUAUUCGAUGAAAACUCGUGUAAUGCUAAACAAAUCACCACGUGUUUAUAUCAACAGGUGUAUUAAAAUAAACAGAAUAGUUAGUAUUUAUAAUAGAAAUGUAAUAUGUACACCUUUUUUCAAUAUUUAUCCACUUUUAAUAUUUUUGAGUCUUUAGAUUUUUCUAGAUUCAAUUAAUUGAAUGUAUUAUCUUAAUGUUAGUCUAUUUCGAAAAAUAAUGUUUUAUAGAAAUUGGACGCAAGACGAAUUGGGUACAGCUGUAAGAUUAACUAACGCUCAUUUAGAGAGAGAGAGAGAGAUUCGUUGGAUGGUUUUUGGUUGAAUAAGGAAAAAUUUUUAUAGGAGGAAUAUUGAAUUUGGCCCUGAUAUUGUUCUUCUGCAAAGCUGGGGUUGUGGUUGUUGUGUGGGGUUGUGCUGUCCUAGCUGAAAGGAGGAAAAGCGAUCGAUCAUUGGCCAGAAGAGACCGACAAGAGAACUCUAAAUAAGUGAAAACGGUUUUUCUCGAUUUGGCAAUAUAUGUUUUAAGCUUUUUAUUUUUUUGUUGAUUUUUAAUUUAAAUGGGGGCAGGUGGAUACAGCUGCGGCUACAUUAUUCUCUAUCAUCGGCCUUUUGGCUGGUGAACUUUUUCACCAGGUUUUAGGGAAACUGCAAAAAACCUGCAGCACCGACGAAGCACGCUUUUAAUCUACUUCAAAUUUUUAUAAACAUGAUUGCUGUGCCAGGGGGUAUCCUUUGUUUGUAUUCGGACACUUUCCCAAUGGCUACUAAAAUAAUCAAAUAAAUUGAAAAUUUUUCUUUUUCUUGUAAUGUUAUUUUAAUUUUAAUUAGUAAAAGUUCUUGAUAUGAAAUAAUGUUAGUAAGUAGAAUAUUUAAUUAAAAACUAAAAAUCAAAUAAAAUCAAAAAUCGCAAAAAAAUUUUUACUACAUAAGAACACAAUUCUCAUUGCUUUUCAAUUGUGACGUAUAGGUUUAAUAAAAGCAUUGAACAGUCAUCUACUUGAUGAUCACGAGGUUAUCGUUGCCGGCAACGUAGCAUGUGCUUUUAUAAUACUGUUUUCAUUUAUAAAUUAUGUAUAAAUAAAACAACUUUUUUUUAUAUAUAUUAGAGUGAAUAAACCUUUUAUAGAUUAAGUUUUUAUAUAAUCACGUUAAAAAUUGGAAGCAUAAUAAACUUAAUUACUAUAAAAUAUUAAAAUAAGUUAAAUUAUAUCUCGCAGGAUCGUCAAAACGACCAACAAUUUCAAACCAUGUUUGUUGUAGGUAUUUUAGUCGUGAUAUUUUCACAUCCUGACACAAAACACGAUUUAUAUACCAUUUUUCAGAUUAUUGAAAGUUUAAUAAUAACGUUUGUUUGAGAAUAACCGAAAGAUUAAGUGUCUUAUUUAGUUUGUACCAUAUGUUCAGUGUUUAUUAUAUACGUAAGGCGUCACGCAAAUGACGACCUUACUGAAAUGUUUGAACUACCUACAAAGUUUUUUUUAAUUUUCAAUAAUUGUUUUUUGUAUAAAUAUUGAACAAAGAAUAAAAAAAUUAUAAUAAAAGUUGUAUAUAAACUAGCCAAAACUAUUUUUGUUUCAAACAAUGCAAGUAUCCUAUUGAGGACAAAUUUUUUUGUAUUCUCAAGAAAAAAUUGUAUUAUAAUAUUCAUAUGGCAAUUGAUCUAUUAAUUUAUAUAUCAAGAUUGUAACUGUCAGGUAACAUUUAGAACAUUAGAUACAUACAUUCAGUAAAUUCUAAUAUUCAAUAGUAUAAUUAAAAUAAAUAAAAAUUGGCACAUUUUAAUAGCACUGACCGUGAUUUUCACAAUAGAUUUAGAAUGUAAAAAAAGCUGUUUAGAUUUCUGUAGGCAGUGAAUUCGAAUUACAUUGCCACAAUAAUAACAAAAAUUUUCACAAAUUGUCGAAGUGAGAGUGUUUUCUAAAAAGGGUCUUCUCUAUAAAAACUGGCGUGGACAGAAAGUAUUGGGAAAACUUUGUGCCCAAAUCAGUUUACAAAAAAAUAAUGCAGUAUGCCACAUAUUUAUAAACAAGAUAUGUGUCGUUUCUGUCUGAUUUCAUUGAAAAAAAUUAACUUGUAUAUGAUUAAAAAGCAAAGCUACGUUCAUGAACAUACAAAGUACAGUUAAAAUAUCAAUUUUAGUUUUUGAAUAGCUCUCUCUCUCGUUAACUACAUUAGAGUUUCUUUAUUAAAAAUUAGAUAUUAGGCAUUUAGACACACAUUAUUAUCAGAAUAAAAACACGAGCUUAGCUCUGCUUACUGGUAUUACGAGUUAACUAUGUCGUAUGUUUGAUAUAGUAAAGAAAUAUUUAUACUAUAGCUUAUAUCUUUAUACUCUUGUACUGUAUACUUAUGUUUCACCUACUUGCCAAUACUUUUAAUAAAAUGCUAACAAGUUUA